AUGGCGGGAACCGCCCAUUUACUCAUCCUCACGCCGCACUCCGCCACCACAUCCUCGUUCCCUCGUCGAAGUCCUCCAUUUCUCGCUUCCCGCCGUCAUCUUCACUCAGCGGUUAAACCCCUCACUCUACGCCCUGGUGUUUGUAUCCCAUCUCCCUUCAGAGCCUGUGCUCAAUCCCAUCAGAUGGAUGGUAGUGAUAGUGGAAGCAAAGAGACAAAAAGACUGAGUUGGGCGGAACCCAUUUCGAGAUUUGCUAGGGGCAAUGUUUUACCCUUAGCUUUGAUUGCUGCGGUGACGUUAGGAUUAACAUAUCCUAGUCUUGGUUGUGCUGUUGACAAAUAUCAUGUGUCCAAAAUUGGGCCAUUUGGAAUUUUUGUUAUCUCAGGUUUGGUGUUGCGAAGUGAAGAAAUUGGUGCAGCUGUAGAAGCAUGGCCUGUUGGACUCUUUGGGCUAGUAUCUAUUUUAUUUCUUACACCAUACUUUUCCAGGAUAAUAUUGCAAGUUCAACUCCAACCGCAAGAAUUUAUUACAGGGCUAGCCAUAUUUUGCUGUAUGCCAACUACAUUAUCAAGUGGUGUUGCUCUUACCCAACUUGCUGGGGCAAAUUCUGCACUGGCUCUUGCAAUGACUGUAAUAUCUAAUUUGUUAGGAAUAUUAAUCGUUCCAUUUUCCAUCACAAAAUUUGUAGCUAGUGGAGUUGGAGUGACUUUACCCACCAAUCAGUUAUUUAAAAGUCUUGUUCUUACCAUAUUAUUCCCCCUUAUUUUGGGAAAGGUUAUUCGUGAAUCUUUUAAAGAUGUCGCUGACUUUGUUGACAGAAACCGUAAGCUUUUCUCAGGGAUCAGUGCAUUUUUCCUUAGCCUGGUACCUUGGACACAAGUGAGCAAGUCAAGGCCACUGUUGUUAAUCGUGAAACCCGAAGUUUUUCUUGUAGCCAUUGGACUCGGAGCACUUCUUCAUUUGACCUUAUUGAUAUUCAACAGCAUUGCUGUUCAGAGUCUUUCAAUCAUCUUUGGUGGUGAAAAAUCAACUUUUUCCCGCCAAGAAAAUGCCAACGCGCUCAUACUAGUUGCAAGUCAGAAAACAUUACCAGUAAUGGUAGCAGUUAUAGAACCACUUUGUGGUGCAUUUGGAGAAUCUGGGUUACUGGUUCUUCCUUGUAUUGCGACACAUCUAAUCCAGAUUAUUGUGGACUCUUUUCUCGUCAACUUCAUGCGUCGCAAAAACAAUGUUAAGGUGGCUUAA